AAAAAAUUGAAACUAAAAUGUCUUCCAGCGGCUACAACAGAUGGAGAACUAAAAAGGCAGUAGCACAGCAUAUGUUGAAACCCAACCAGAGAUUCGUAAGAGGAGCUUCCCUCCCUUUAAUCGGCAUCUGUGGAAUAGGCAUCUUUGUGUGGAGAGUGAGGAGUACGGAGUUUGUCGAUAUUGACAGAGAGCAGAUGGAUAGGUAUAUACCACUCACAUGGUAUGCAGCCAUAAACCUUUGCUACCAAAGCAGUGAGCAAUAUAAACCCAGUGAGCAGUACAUCUACAUGUUCAAAAUCCUCUGGCACAAAUACUACAUGACCAUGCUUGACAUCGAACCGAAGAAAUAGUGGCU